AUGAAAAGAAGAUUGAUUACCUUGUCUUCUCCAUUGUUCCGAAAGCAACAAUUGUUUGACACUUUGUCUUGUUCAAGCCAUCAUCAAUUUCAUGUCAAUUUAUUAUCUUGCGCGGAAACAACCAAUCCAUCUUCAACAACUACAACCAAUGGUGGUGUGGCUGCCACGAUCAAAGAUCCAGAACCACCAGUCAAUGUUGAAAAAGGAAUUCAUGAUCGACAAGUGUCAUUUGCAAAAUCCACACACAAACCCAAAGAAAAAAAGAAUUUAGUAAUAUUGGGAAGUGGAUGGGGAGGAUUUAGAUUAUUGAAAGAAAUUGAUAUGGAGAAGUAUAACGUUUAUUUAAGUACACCUAGAAAUCAUUUUCUAUUCACUCCAUUGUUACCAGGAGCAGCGUGUGGUACAGUCGAGUUGAGAUCCAUCAUUGAACCAGUACGACGUGCUGUGUAUCAUGAAGAUUAUCAUUAUUUUGAAGGAAAAGCCAUUGCCAUUGAUACUGAAAAUCGACGAGUCAUUUGCAAACCUAAUUAUGAACAAGAUCCAAAUUUUUCCCUUAAUUAUGACGAACUAGUCAUUGCCAUUGGAUGUGAUGUCAAUGAUUUUGGAGUUCCAGGCGUGAAAGAAUAUGCGUAUCCUAUUAAGGAAAUUCAGCAUGCUCGAGCCAUUAGAAAUCAAGUCAUUCAAUGUUUCGAGAGAGCUGCCAACCCAUCCACUCCUGUUCAUCUUAGAGAAACACUAUUACACUUUGUUAUCGUGGGUGCUGGUCCUACAGGUAUUGAAUAUGCUGCAGAAUUACAUGAUCUCAUUCGAGAUUUAUCCAAACAUUUUCCUCCAGACAUUGUCGAAGAAGUUCGUUUAACUGUUUUAGAAGCAGGAAGUACCGUAUUAAGUGCGUUUGAUACAUCACUUCAAAGAUAUACACAAAAAUUCUUCCGUCGUAAUCACAUCAAAAUUCGAACCAAUCAACAAGUGAAACGAGUUAUUUCUCAAAAUGCUGUGGAAUUACAUGAUGGAUCUAUAAUUGAAUGUGGACUUGUCGUUUGGAGUGCCGGUAUUCGUCCUCGCUCUAUUCCAGUGUCUCAGGGACCUCCUCUUCCCAUUGAUCCAAAAACAAAGAAAAUUCUUGUCAGUGAUCAUCUCCAAGUGAAAGGAUUUGAAAAUAUUUAUGCUAUUGGAGAUGUAUCAUUAAUUGAAAGCAUGCCACUCGCAGCAACAGCACAGGUUGCACAACAAGAAGGCCUGUAUUUAGCUCGUGCAUUGAAUGGAACCAUUCCAAAAGAAAAACCUUUUGUUUAUCAUCAUUCAGGUCAAUUAGCAUAUAUUGGAAAUUAUAGAGCUAUCAGUCAGGUAGGAGCAUUGAAGAGUGGAGGGUUUUUGAGUUGGGUAUUUUGGAGAUCUGCUUAUUUGACAAAAUUGGUUUCUAUUAAGAACAAGUUCAAUGUUUUGAUGAAUUGGACAAGUACCUUCUUCUUUGGAAGAGAUAUUAGUAGAUUUUAA